CGUGUGCUUGAUAUCCAAGCAAGACCAGCCGAACAAAUACAACAAUCAGCACCGAUCGCAGCAGUUGCAUUGGCAUCUCCCUUGAAGCUAUACAGAUUCCAGUUGGGAAUUCGCGAGUCAUGGCGGAAGCAGUUGAAGUCCUGAGUCUGUUAGCUCUCCUUUCUACAGCCGUCCUCCUGGUCGGGUUCCUGUCGCUUACGGUUUACCUAGCUUAUGUACACCGCAAAUAUGCCCAUAUUCCAGGUCCUCCACGAAGCGAUUUCUUCUCUGGACAUUUGCGACAAAUAACCGGUUGUGUCUCUCUCCCUCACUAUCUCACUGAACAGAUGCUCGCGUAUGGUGCAGUGUAUAAGAUGUUCAUUCUACAAAAGCCCGUCGUUGUCGUUCUUGAACCAAACUUCUUGAAGGAAGUCAUGCACUCCACAUCGCACACUAAACCGGCAGUGGAACACGCCAAUUUCUGGCAUGUCUUCGGCAAACGAUGUUUCUACCAUGGUCUGCUUACAGAGACAAACGUUCCCAAGUACUUAAAAAGAAGGGCGCUGUUCAAUCCCGCUUUCCACAGAAGGUAUUUGAUGAAUUCCAUGGACGCCUUCAACGACAGUGUAGACUUGCUUAUUGAGAAACUCUCCCCUGCAGCAGAUGGAAAAACAGAGGUCAAGAUGUUGGAUGUUUUCAACAAGAUUACACUGGAUGUAAUUGCUAAGGUUGCCUUUGGGCUGGAGCUAGACGAUGUCAUGGAAAAAGAUUCCCCCUUCACCAAGGCCAUCGUCUCGACGCUGCUCGGGGUUCAGUCUCAGUUUUUCGAGCCAUGGAAACGGUUUAGCCCACUGGCGGCCGACCGCAAGUUCCGUAGCGAUGUCCGUCGGUCUAUCAGGUACGUCCGGGAGACGGGGCGUCGGUGCAUCGAGGCUAGAAUGGAGGCCAAGAAACGAGGAGACAAGCUGCCCAAGGAUCUUCUGACUUACAUCCUAGAGGCAUCCAAGAAUUUUCAAGCUGAUGAAGACUUCCAUAUUGAGGAAAUGAUUGACGAGUUCUUCACUUUCUUCUUCGCAGGCCAGGAGACCACCGCAAAUUUAAUGGCGUUCAUCUUAGUGGAGCUAGGACACAAUCCAGAGAUCUACGAACGAGUGAUGACAGAGGUCAAUGCUGUGUUUGGUGACAAGGAUAGGAUUGACUAUGCCGAUCUCGGCAAGCUGGAGUAUUUGUCCAUGGUAAUCAAAGAAACUCUUCGUUUGUGGCCGCCAGCGUUCGGUACCAAUCGUCUAAUGGCUUAUGACAUGUCUGUUCUUGGAUACAAGAUACCUGAGGGAACUGUGGUUUGGUUCAAUACUUACGUGAUGGGAAGGAUGGAGCAAUACUUCAAGAAUCCAAUGGUUUUCGACCCGGAAAGAUUUAACAAGACAGACAAGGGGCAAAGGGAGAAGAAUUUAUUCACCUACUUCCCCUUUUCAAUGGGGACAAGAGCCUGUAUUGGACAAUCCUUUGCACUGAUCGAAGCUCGCCUCAUCAUUGGUCGUCUUCUCCACAACUUCAAGUUCACUCUAGUACCAGGCCAGCCGCGUGAUGAAGUCCUGCAAGAGAUAACGAUUAAGCCGCGCCAAAGAUGUAGGAACUACCUAACACCUAUCCGCUAAACAGUCAUUAUCAUAGCGAGAGCAUUGCACCAAGAAAGUGCCUUCUCCCCCUACACAAUAUUUUGCUGAAGUUAUAUUCUUCGCUCAAUUUGUGUUAAGCAAAUCAGAAUGGGGUUAUUUUAUACAAGUUGAAAUGUAAAUACAUAUGUAGGACUACUGUAGUUCCGCUUACUACUUAAAUAUAAACCUCUUCCUUAUAUUUUGAAGUUACCUGUAGAACAUCGUGAUGACUAACAUAUUUUUUUUAUUGAUGAUGUUUGUCCUGACUACUGUUGUUGUCAAUCCUGAUUCAGAGGCUGAAGAAUCAAAACAAUUAUAAUGUAGGCUUAAAAUCAAGCUUACGUAAUUUGAUUGUCAACAAGCGCUCGCUCGAAUUUAGAGCCGCAAUCAAUCCAUUACAUUAUUAUUCGUAUGCCCCCUUUGUUUGAAUUAUUUGGCUUUAAGGACAAUCAUGUUUUCAUGAUUUUGUUUAUAGUUGACAUUAAUUAAUCGAGCAAUUACCUGAGAAGUUUGAAGAGGAUGCCGAUUACAAUGUUUUAACUAUGUAUAUAUUAUUUGCCACCUUAACAUCAUGAUUAUUCUGCUAUACGCUAUGUUAAGAUGCUGUGUUUCAGAUUACGAUAAUAAUGACUGUUAGAAGUAUAGGUAGUUCUGAUGACAUUGUACAUACUUUGAAGUAGGAAAUCACCAUUUCAGCGUAGCAACCUUAAAUUUGCAUUCCCGUGCUAUUUUCUAGCUUAAUCCCCGAAACUAGAUUGCUAUUCUAAAUUGCUAUUUUUUUAGCAAUACGAAAGUUCCUCAAAUUGGAAUGAUAAUUUGACGUUGAAAUGGCUCACCUUUAGUUGUUGAACUACUUCCUCACAAUCAUCCGUUCUGGCGGGAUAGGCUGGUUCCCGCCCCAUAAUCAGUAUCGAUAAUGUACGGACCGGCAGCCAGUCUGCU